AUGCAGGCCGUUCGUCUUCAUCCUGCUCCUGCCACGUCGCAGGCAUACUCUCCUUCAAACCCAGCUCCGUCUUCGGCAUUACAUCUUGACAAAGAUCUGCCUGUCCCUAAGUUGUCAAAACCCGGAGAGAUUUUAGUCCGUGUCAAGGCCACAACAGUGAUUCGAGACAUGUUGACAUGGCCUGAGACGUAUGCCCAUGAAUACCCCAUUCUCGGAAACGACUUGUCCGGAGUCGUCAUUGAGACUUUCUCCCCGCAAAGCUCGUUCAAGCCUGGUGACGAGAUUUUUGGAAUGACUGAUGGUGAUCGACCUUGUACAUGGGCAGAAUACUGUAUUGUUAUGGAGGAUGAAGUAGCCUUGAAGCCAAAAGGUCUAACCUGGGAUGCGGCAGCCGCAAUGCCCCUCAGUGCCAUGACUGCCUACGAGGCAUUAUAUGAUCAUGCAGGUAUAUCUGUUCCUGUACUAGGGGAUGUUUCUAGACCGGAUGGCCAUCGGUCUCUGACAUCUGAGCACAAACAACGCCUAUUGAUCACCGGUGCCGCCGGAGCGGUAGGGAUCUACCUGAUUCAACUGGCGUCUAUAUCUGAUGUGUACACUGUGGCCGCAACAAGCUCAAACGCUCGCAAUAAAGAGUUCCUGCAGAGUCUCGGUGCUGAUGAGACGGUGGAGUACAGUGCUCUGCUGAGCGAAUACAAGAAGAGCUUCGAUGUUAUUAUUGAUACAGUUGGAGGGAGUAUUCUAUCAGGAUGUUGGGAAAAUAUUAAAGAAGGCGGCUCCAUUAUCUCAGUGGAUUCUGCAAGUUACGACUUUGUUGCUGAUCAUCAGAAGCGUGGUUUAAGCAAGGAAGGAAUCAAUGCAUUGUUUUUCAUCGUGAAGGGUGGCAAAAGGGUUUUAAAAUUUCUAGCCCAGCUUGCAGAAGUGGACAAGCUACGCCCUUUUGUAUUACAAACGUAUCCUCUUUCGGAGGUGCGACAAGCGUAUGACCACACUAACGGGAGGUAUUCUGGUCGAGGGAAAGUCAUUCUCACAAUAGACUAG